AUGGCCCCCAAACGAGCCUGCGACAUCUGCAUCGCCCGCAAAAUCAAAUGCAGUGGCUCCUGGCCCUGUGACUCCUGCCGCAGCGCUAUAAAACGUGUACCAUGUACAUAUUUUAGACCGGCGCGCAAACGAGGGCCUAAAGGGCGCCGCCCGGCUGGCAGUCAUCAGCAAGAAAUCAAGACUGCUGCUGCAGGCCUCCAAGAUGAUGUACAAGGUGUCCAGGAGAAUAUCUGCUAUAUAGGACAGCAAGGUACUUUCGCUCGCAUUUCGAAGGAUGUCCUCUCCUCGGUAGUGCGUCUGUACCAGCACCACUCGUACAGUGUAUGGCCCGUCGUCAAUGCCGAUGCCUUGCUUCAAAAGCUAGUCGACAUCGAACCGGAUAAAACGACUGGAAAUACAUCACGGCUUGCAACAGCACUCUGCGCAGCCACAAUGGCUCAACUGCAGCUCCCCCCAUUUGACGUUGGGGACCGAGCCGUGGAUGGCGCUGAACUGGCACAGGCUUGCCUCUGGAUGCGCGAACACGAAAACUCGCAAAUCGAACAUUACCCUGACAUUAGCAGCAUUUUAGUCUCCUUCUUCCUGCACGUCUAUUAUGCAAAGGUCAACCAGCCAACCAGGGCGAUGAUGUUUAUUCAAGAGGCUAUCGCUCGAGCUCAGAUUCUGGGCUUGGAUGAGAGGCAGACGAAUGUAUCGGGGCUGGAUGGGCCACUGAUCGCGAAUUGUGAGCUGGUCUUCCCGCUGCUCUGGGUAUCCGAGAGGUAA